AUGAGUAGUAUUCAUUUCCCCUCCUGGGGCGAGCAGCAGAGCCUCUUGAAAUUGUCAUAUGCUGAUGCAGAAACGUGUAAUCAGUUGGCAAGUGUGGAUAAUCCAGUGUCUCAUCUUGAAAGCGGUGAUUCUAAAUUGACUACCAAGAAAAUGGCCAUCCCACGCCUGGCGGAAGGUGCCGAGUCUGCUUUCACUUCCCCGGGGAGAUUUCAUCGACGACAUGUUCGUCGAGCCUGUGAGUCGUGUCGACAGCGAAAGACCAAGUGUACCGGAGACAAGUCCGGUUGUCGAAACUGCCGAGAAGCGGGCAUCAUCUGCUGCUAUACGGAUGGAAAAAGAGAGAAGUCCAAACGGCAGUUGGCAAGUCUUUCAGCCAAAGUGCAGGCGUACGAGGAUGUCAUCAGCAAGUUGAGCAAUCGCUUUGGUGUAUCUGAUGAGCACUUGGUGAACAUUGCCCUGGCAGCGGAGUCUGCGCCAAAUCUGACGCUGGAUUCGAAAACGUCCGUUGCAGCAGCUGGAGAGCCGAAGACUGCCCGAAACACAGGCUCUGAGCCGCCGCCCUCCCGGUCUUUAUCUGCAAGCCCCCCGGACUCGGGAGACCAUACAGAAGAAGACUUCAACAGGGAUGAAACCUCCCGAGCAACAGGGUUCAUUGGAAGAAGCUCGGAGAUCACCUGGCUUCAAAAGCUGAGCAAAGUCGUCAAUGUCGAAUGUGAAGCCUGGCCUGCGACUUUGCCUAAUGCCAACGAAGACAAUGGCCUUCCAUCACCGACAUUGACACCUCGACCCGAUAACCCAAAUGAUCCAUGGGUGGUUGCGUUCAACUAUUAUCUCGAUGACUUGGAUAUUCCUACUGCAGAUCCAUCGGAUAUGUAUGGAGUUCCCUCUCGAGAGACAGCUACACAUCUACUGAACGCCUUCCUCACGUCGGUCCAUCCCUCAUUCCCCAUCAUUGGGGUUUCGACCUUCGUACCUCAAUUUCAAGUCUUCUUCAGUCAGCCUUCUCUCAAACCAGGAAACAAAUGGCUCGCCAUCCUCAACCUGAUUUUUGCAAUUGCUGCAAAGUUUGGUCAGUUGACGAAUGCCGACUGGAGGGAGGAAGACGAUGAUCAUCAAGCGUAUUUUGCAAGGGCACGAGCUUUGAGUUUGGAAGAUCAGAUUCUCCAUCAUCCUGAUCUUCAGCAGCUGCAAGUCGAGGGUCUCACCGCAUUCUAUUUGAAUGCACUGGGGCAUAUCAACAGGGCUUGGAAGCUUUCCGGUAGCGCAGUUCGAGGAGCACUGGCUCUCGGAUUGCACCUACAGAAUGUCGGGGUCAGCAUAUCGGACAGCUCCAAAGAGAUCCGCUAUCGGGUGUGGUGGUCAUUAUAUACACUGGACUAUCUGCUGGCGCUUAUGACCGGACGUCCGUCAUGUGUUAACGACAGCUCCUGCACUACACCAAUGCCGGUGCCUUUUGACGAGGUCGAUUUCCAAAAGAGCGAAGUGUCUCGAAUCAUCAACACCGCUGCCCUCCGCACUUGCAACAAUUCUGAGAGGAUGCCGAAAAACAGUAAUACGGAUGAUCGUGAAUCGACGACAGACUCUGACUCCAACGAUGCGCCUGCCGAAGAUGAAGCGAAGCUAAGCUACGUCGAGUAUUUGAAGAGUCUCCCGCCGUGCACUUCCCUGUACUUCCUACAAUUGGCGUCAUUGACCAGUAUCUCAAAGCGAAUGACGGUAAAGCUUUACAGCCCAGAAGCUCUUCAAUCGCCAUGGGCCAGCACCGAGUUCACAAUGCAGAGCUUGACGCUCGAGCUUGAUUCGUGGCUUAUGAAUCUUCCCGCGGCAUACGACUUUACUUCGACGCAGACGUCGCAAUGCCCCAUCAGUCAGCGUAUGGGCGUCGCCUUCCUCUUCUACAGCACCAAGAUUGGAAUCACGCGGCCAUGUCUCUGUCGCUUGGACCAAUCGCUUUCGGAGGAUGACAAGACGUAUGAGUUCUGUAGCAAGGCAGCAGCAGACUGUGUCGAGGCUGCGUGCCACAUGCUCACGUUGUUCCCGGAUACCCCAGACGCAGCAUUAUUGUACAAGAUGUCGCCAUGGUGGUGUACAUUGCAUUACCUUAUGCAAGCAGUCACUGUUCUGUUACUGGAGCUGGCGUACAGAUCCCAACAUGUUCCCGAGAAAGCGGCAAUGGUCUCCAAAGCGGCGAAGAAAGCCCUGGACUGGCUCUCCACGCUGUCUAAGACAAACAUGGCGUCCGAGAGAGCUUGGAAACUUUGCGAUGGAUUCAUCCGUCGUCUCGCCCCACACAUUGGCAUCAACGUGAAUGAUAUCCCCAUGAGCGAGGAAUCGGAUUCCCUCUUCAACGUCCCUGAUAAUGCAGAAUCUACUAGCAUGGAAGAGCCCUCUGCAGACGACGUGGCCUUCGAUGCCUCCGAGGCCAUUCCUUCCACGGUGGCCGUCGACGCCAUCUCUGCCGAGUUGGAUUCCAUCACCUGUACCCCGGUGAACCAGUCCAGUACUCCGUCUGCUUUGCAGGAGCCCUACGAUCUCGGGGAACCCGAUCUCCUCGACCAAUUCAUCAAGCAGGAGAAAGACCAGAGCUCCUACGAUGAAUGUUUCCCUUACGAUCCCGCUACUGGUCAGCUUACUGGCUCGUUCUUCCCCUCGGGGCCCAACAUGGAACUUGAUAUGGGUUAUUUCUGGGGUGACCCUGUUUGCUGA